CUAUUUGGUGUUUAAAUGCAAGACUAUGGGUCCAGAUGUGUGGUGUCACGUUAUAUCGGAUACUGUGUGUACCAAGCAAGUAAAGAAACCAGCCCAAGUCCAACCCUGCCUGAAGAAGAUGAAGAUGAACAGGCGACUGGACAGGAGAUUGGACAGGAGGUUGUGAACCUAGAAGCCUUGACACCAGAGGCCUACAUCAAACACCCCCUCCAGAACAGAUGGUCCCUGUGGUUCUUCAAGAACGACAAGAGCAAAACAUGGCAGGCCAACCUGCGACUCAUCUCUAAAUUUGACACGGUUGAAGAUUUCUGGGCUCUCUACAACCAUAUCCAGUUGUCAAGCAACCUCAUGUCAGGCUGCGAUUACUCCCUUUUUAAGGAUGGCAUUGAACCCAUGUGGGAGGACGAGAGGAACAAGCGUGGCGGGCGCUGGCUGCUCACGCUCAACAAGCAGCAGAGGAGAUUAGACCUGGACCGCUUCUGGCUUGAAACCCUCCUGUGCUUAGUCGGAGAGGCCUUUGACGACUACAGCGAUCAGGUCUGCGGAGCCGUGGUCAACAUCCGCACGAAAGGAGAUAAAAUAGCCGUCUGGACAUCAGACUUCGAUAGCCGGGAAGCUGUAACACACAUAGGGAGAGUUUACAAGGAGCGCUUGGGGCUUCCCUUGAAGAUGACUAUCGGCUACCAGUCUCACUCAGACACAGCCACCAAAAGCGGUUCAACCACCAAGAACAAAUUUGUCGUUUGAGAAUUGCCCCAAUGUGCCUCUUUCAUUUUCUUGUCUUAUUUUGUUGUUGGUUCAUAAUGUUUACUUUGCUGCAAAGACUCUGCGGAAUGCAAUCUGGGAGAAAAGAAAAAACACAAUCCAAGACUACGUGCCAAAUGUUUCCAUAACCUGCCCAGGACUUCAACCACAUGGAAAACAGAUGAACAGGAAUCUUCAAAAAACACUAACAAUGAAAGGUAUUAAUACUAGUGGAUGAGAUUUAGGCCCAAUCCCAGUACACCCCUCACCCCUACCACUUAGCCCUAUCCCUCUGUUUUGCGUGUUCGCAUGUAGGGGUUAGGGCGUCCCGACUCUUGUUGCGAUAGAGGGCUAAGGCGAAGUGGUAGGGCUAUAUGUCCCUCCAAACAGAGAUUUUUCAGAGGCUCACUCCAAAGCGAGUGUUACGAGAAGUCUUCCAGAAGGACUCGCGACUCAUCGGCAAGACACCAGCUAACGUUGUACAAUCACAUAAAAAAAACACAAUUUAAGUAUUUACUUCGUUAAUGAAGGUUUUAAAUAUAUUAUGAUAACCUCAUAUUA